AUGUCGACAAGCCAAAAGAAGGUAGAGCAGCUGAAAGGCAAAGCACAGAAAGCCGACGAGCAUCUUGACAAUGCCGUCAACGAGCUUCAUAAGACCAAACCCAAGGGUGGGAGUGUACAAUAUCCGUUUUUCUUCGGUGGAUCUGCGGCAUCGCUCGCUGCCGUGUGUACACACCCUCUUGACCUGAUAAAAGUGCGCUUGCAAACUCGGCGCGGCGAUGCGCCGAAGACUACGAUCUCUGCCUUCAGUCAUAUCCUCAAGACUGAAGGUGUUCUUGGCCUCUAUGCCGGACUGUCGGCCGCCCUGCUCCGCCAGCUCACAUAUUCCACUGUGCGGUUCGGCGUGUAUGAAGACCUGAAGGUGCGAUACGCCCCGAAACCAGACCCGGCCGACCCCAAGAAACCCACUCAGCCCUCCAUGCUGAGUCUCAUCCUCAUGUCCUCCACGUCGGGCGCGUUGGGCGGCGUCGCAGGCAACCCAGGCGAUAUCCUCAACGUGCGGAUGCAGAGCGACAGGUCUCUCCCGCCGGAAAAGCAACGGAACUACAAGAACGCGCUGGACGGCCUGAUACGCAUGACGCGCGAAGAAGGGUUGGGCAGCCUGUUCCGCGGCGUGGGCCCGAACUCUGCGCGCGCGCUGCUCAUGACCUCCUCUCAACUCGCCUCCUACGACGGCUUCAAGCAGCUCUUCGUGUCGAGAUUCGGCAUGGGCGACAACAUGGGCACGCACUUCCUGUCCAGUUUCCUGGCCGGCUUCGUAGCGACGAGCAUAUGCAACCCCGUGGACGUGAUCAAAACACGCAUCAUGAACGCGGGCGCGAAGCAGAGUCUGAUGCAGAUCCUGCACAACGCGCAGCGGAAGGAGGGCCUGUUCUGGAUGUAUCGUGGGUGGACGCCCAGCUUCAUGCGCUUGGGCCCGCAGACCAUCUUCACCAUGAUUUUCUUCGAGCAGCACAAGAAGUGGUAUCGGAAGCUAAAAGGUUACGACGACUGA